UCGGCAACUAUCGGUUUUUCCACUGCCCACACUCAGAUCGCAAUUGUUCUGUCGCCCUUCGAGUCGGACGAGAGCUGCGAGGGUCCUCUUCUCCGAUCGUCAUCGUCUGAGCCGCGAGGAGCUUCUUAUUUCCCAGAUCGUCUUAGCCGCGAGGAGCUUCUUCCUCAUUUGAUCGUCUAAGCUGAGAGGGUUUCUCUUCCAUCCGAUUCACGCACGGAUCUUGUGUCGCAAGAAGAUCUUCCUUCUUCCUGUGGUCUGUUUGUAAGACGCUUUUUCUUCUUUCAUCCGGUCAAAUUGCAGAGCAAGGGCUUCUUCUUACUUCGAUUGUCCAAGCCGCACGGGUCUUCAUUCUUCUCCAAUUUUCUGAACCGCGAGGAUCUCUCCUUCCUCCAAUCAUUCGCGAGCAGGGUUCUUCUCCUUCCUACGAUCAUUCAAGAUGCAAGGAUUUCUUUCUUCUUCUUCCAAUCAAACUGCAAGAGACUUCAAUCAGGAGACCAGGGAAAACUACGCAAACCCCAAGACAUGUCUUUUUCAUGUUCUCUUCAAGGCUGCAGCAUUGGCCUUUUACAUCCUCUCAGCUAUCUUCUUCAGUAGCUUUGUUAUUAUCUUUGUGGUUACUGUCUUUUUGGCGGCUCUUGAUUUCUGGGUUGUAAAGAAUGUUAGUGGACGGAUAUUGGUUGGUUUGAGAUGGUGGAAUGAAAUAAACGAACAAGGGGAGAGUGUAUGGAAAUUUGAAUGCUUGGAUCAAGAGUCUCUUGCUCGGAUGAAUAAAAAAGAUUCAUGGCUCUUCUGGUGGACGCUUUACCUCAAUGCUGUUGCGUGGAUAAUUCUUGGAAUAUUUUCGCUCAUUAGGUUCCAAGCUGAUUAUCUACUUGUAAUUGGUGUUUGUUUAACUCUCAGUAUUGCAAACAUUGUUGGAUUCACUAAAUGCCGCAAGGAUGCGAAGAAACAGAUUCAACAAUUUGCUUCUCAGACAAUUGCAUCAAAGCUCUCAUCAACAUUGCAGUCUGCCUUCAGCCUGGUGUGAGCUCGAAACUGUAAAUUUAUUUCUGCCUUGGUUAUUUUUAUUACCUCCCCAAAUUUUGUUCAAUUUAGUUGAGCAUCUUAUGUUUUCUAUCACCCAUGUGUUUUUAUUAUUUGAGCUUCGAAAUUAUAAAUGUGGAUAUAAUUUCAGUAUUGGAAAACAACAGACUUUUAUCA